CUGAUUGAAGUCUGACUUGCAAACAUAGAGGUUGGCAGGGUUUAUAAUGCUGUCCUGAGUCCUUUUUGCUUGCUAGGAGGAAAGGAAGAGGCUCCUCACCUUCUCGUUGCUUCUCCCAUGUGCCAGCACAGCAGAGGAUGCGCAGCAAUCACUGAUUCGCAAAAGUUUCAGAGAAGAGGGCUGCUGUACCUGUCCUAAAAUUGCUUCUGACCUGUACUGAAUUUCAGAGAACCCUGAAAGUGAAGAGCACUUUGGAUAAGUGCUGCUAACUAACAAGGUGAUAGAAUGGAGAACAAACAGAAAAGCAAUGAUAAGAUGGAAGAAAAUAAGGUGAUGAAGAAAAAAAUGGAUUGGUCUGGCAGUCUUAUUGUAGCCUCCUUAGCUGGUGCUUUUGGGUCAUCCUUUCUUUAUGGUUACAACCUCUCUGUAGUGAACGCUCCUGCAGUGUACAUCAAGAAGUUUUACAAUGAAACCUGGCAAAGAAGAUAUGGCUUCUCGAUGGAUGAAAGCACACUAACACUCCUCUGGUCUAUAACUGUCUCUAUUUUUGCCAUUGGUGGCCUUGUGGGUGCCAUUAUUGCUACCCCAAUUGUGAAGUUCUUUGGACGGAAACGUACGUUGCUGCUCAAUAACGUAUUUGCAGUUGUGGCUGCACUGUUGAUGUCCCUCUCUUCGUUAGCAGGGUCAUUUGAAAUGCUUAUACUGGGCCGCGUUAUAAUGGGUGUUGAUGCAGGCAUUUCUCUGAGUGCCCUUCCCAUGUAUUUGAGUGAAAUAUCUCCCAAGGAAAUCCGUGGUUCAUUGGGUCAGGUCACAGCAAUUUUCAUCUGUAUUGGUGUUUUCACUGGGCAAGUGUUGGGGCUUCCGGAAAUAUUUGGGAAAGAAUCUCAAUGGCCGUUCUUAUUUGGAAUGAUUAUUGUCCCUUCACUGAUUCAAGUUGUGGUUUUGCCUUUUCUUCCUGAAAGUCCUCGUUACCUUCUCCUUGAAAAACAGGACACAAACAAGGCAGAAAAAGCAUUUCAGACCUUCCUUGGGAAAGAUGACGUGUCUCAUGAAGUAGAAGAAGUUUUGUCAGAGAACCGAGUCCAAAGAAACACCCAGUUAGUGUCGAUACUUCAGCUCCUGAGAACCCGUGCUGUGCGAUGGCAAGUCUGCACUGUAGUUGUCACCAUGGGCUGCUACCAGCUCUGCGGGCUGAAUGCUAUCUGGUACUACACAAACAGCAUCUUCAGUGAAGCAGGGAUCAACCGUGAUACCAUCCCGUAUGUUACUCUAAGUACUGGCGCUGUGGAGACUGUGGCUUCUGUUUUUUCAGGCUUAGUUAUCGAACGACUUGGGCGUAGGCCUCUUCUUAUCGGAGGUUUUGGGUUGAUGGUCGUCUUCUUUGCAGUACUGACAGUGUCUCUGACUCUACAGAAUAAUGUGCACUGGCUUCCUUACCUCAGUAUAUUUUGCAUUCUUGCAAUUAUUGCAUCAUUCUGCAUUGGACCAGGUGGGAUUCCUUUUGUCCUGACUGGAGAGUUUUUUCAGCAGUCUCAAAGGCCGGCCGCAUUCAUGAUAGCUGGGACAGUCAACUGGCUCUCCAACUUCGCAGUCGGACUACUUUUCCCUUUCAUUCAGAGUGGUUUACAGACCUACUGCUUCCUAGUGUUUGCUGCCAUCUGCUCCGCAGGAGCUAUCUACCUGUUCUUUGUCCUGCCUGAAACGAAAAAUAAGACACUUAAUGAGAUCAGCCUGGCAUUUGCCAAAAGGAAUAAAGUAUCUUUAGAAAUGCAAGAAAUGAACCACUAUCCAGAAAAGAGGAAAUCCAGUGCAGGACAAGACUCAAACUCCACUUCUUCAGAGGGCAAGGGGGAGCCCAAGAGAGGAAUUGUAUAAAACACGAAUGUUCUUCCGGGGGUGGGGGAAAACACGCUCUUCUAAUUCAGUAUGUUUAUAGCAGUGCGCAACUUAUAUUUUUAACAUUAUGUCAUGAAUUGCUUCCCCUUUGAAUAUAUUUUAAGUGAGUAUGAGUGAAUUUGUUAGCAUCUAGGGUGAUUCUCAAGGAAAUGCAAGGCUGGCAUAGCAGCAGACGAUUAAUUAAAUUAGAGCCAGAGUUUUUUGGGGGUACCUGUAAAAUAGAUGCUGCGGUGAGUGGGGUGGAGAACCUAGACUCAGAGACAGGAACUGGAGAUGAAUUGUGAGCAGAGGUUGGCUGAGCACCCCUGUGCACUAAAGGUGAGAUGUGUUUGCGAUUGUCAUGGAGAAGGUGACCGGAACUGAGGCUCCAAAAAACAAUUCAGACAAACCUGAAACAGUACCAGCUUGCAUUUCUCCAUAUUUUCCGUUAGCCAUUUUAGUUGCACAUGAGAACAUACGACUUGAAAGACCAUUUGUGACACUCCCCCUGCCUCCCAUUCUUUUUCCAGCUAUUUUGACUUUUACUGGCUUCAUCUGAACAUCUCCCAGCUUCUUAUAAAUGGAAGUCCCAGGUCCCAACGGUUUUCCUUGUCUAGUUCUCAGAUACUGAUUAGCUAGUAGUAGGGUUGCCUAUCAUUUCUGGAUUGAUGGCACUGCAUUUUUGGUUUAUUUUUUUAAGACUAGUUGUAGAAGCUUUGAUGCGAAAGGAAAACUAAACUUCAUGGUGAAGUGGAAAAACUAUGGUAGGAGGUAUCAAAAUCAAACACUAAGUUUGCCAGGCUACUACAGCUGGUAAAACAUUUCUGAAGGAGAAGGAAGGGAGAAUGUGUCUUUUCUUUCCCUUGGAGGUCUUUUUGAAACAUAACUUAUGAGCCAAAAUUUCCCUGUAACCCAAAGAAAUGUCAUUUCUUAACACUAAGAUCUUCAAAUGAAUCUGAGUACCUAAUUCUUAUUUAAGCACUAAUUUUCAUUUGGGCAUUAGAUUCUGAAGCUCUGGGCCUAGUUCAUUUUUCUUAGUUUCUACGCUACCUAAUGCUUUUGAGAACUAUCUUCAGAGUCUGCUUAAUUUCAUGAUAGAAAGACUCAGCAGACUGUCUCGGGUUACGUGAUUCAUUUCCUUCCACAUGGGAUUUUUUUAGGCGGAUCAUCUUUCUAGUUUGUAAUUGCAAGAAUAGUUUUUCUUGACUCUUCUAGGUAUCUGGAUGCUGAGAGGGGCAGUAAGUACUUUUAAAUUAAAUAGCUAUUGUUUCAUAUGAAAAGUCAGUAAGUCUUAGAGCUGCUCUGUUAGGAACAAGGCCUAAUAAGAAAGUGCAGCAUUUAGGGAGAGCCAGCUGCUUCCACAAGGUGUAUUUACUAUUGCAGAAACCCAUAUAUUUGGGGUGCUUUGAAUAUGUUCAUAUAUAGAUAUAUACCUACACAUAUAUACACUCCCAUAUAUAUGUGUGUGUGUGACUGUAUGUAUAUAUGUAUGUAUGUAUGUUGUGGAGAAUUGUUUUCCAAUACUUGCUUUGUCCAGAUUUUCCUGAGUUGUAAGAUGUUUAUUGCUUUGUUUUACACUGUAAAUUAAAAUCAGAGAAACUAAUGUUCAUCUAUUACUGCUAAAUGAUGUGUACAGUAUACUGUGAUUUAUUUAUUUGUGGCAUAUUUACUGCACACAUUGUAAGCUGACAAUGUAGAUUAUCUAUAGAGCAAUUUCACUACUGGGUAAUGGGAGAAAAAAGUUCUGACCCUUUAAGCAAGAAUUUAUGCUCUUUUACUGGGAUAGAGGCACAGUAGUAAGUAAGAAAAUGAGUAAAUAAAUAAGAGUAAGAUAAUUAAGAAUGAAGAAUCAGAUUUAUGGUAUUGGCACUACUGUUAAGAAAUAGAGUGAAUCAGAAUUACAUCAUUGAUAAUCAUAUAUAGAAGCCAAUCAAAUGCUACAGAGAAAAAUGAAGUAAGGUAUCUUCUAGUAACCACUUGUAGAAUUAUAUAGCAAAUGGACAUGUCCUCUUUCAAUUGCUUUAGUUGCCUAUUCCGGACGUUAUUUGGGGUUAUGUGAGGCUUGCUAAGUGCGUGGCUGUGUGAAAACCCUCUUGAAUGCCACCGCUCCACUUAGUUUUAGGAGAAAUCUCUUCCCUUUCUGCCUGUAGGGCAUCUUUUAGCUGGCAGGUUCAGACCUCCUCAAUCCAAGUGAGAAGCACCUUACUUUGCAUUUAGUGCCACUGAUGGGAUAUGAUGCGAUCCUAUUUGAGUAAAGGUGGCAAGGCUGGAAUCCAUUAUGAUUAUUAUAGUUAAUAGAAUUUCAUGCUUAGCACUGUGCUUUAAUGCCCAUUAUAGGCAUUAGUUGUUGCUAGUGUUGCCAUUGGAUAACUUUGAUAAAAUACCCUGUUGGCCUGAUAUGGCAAUCGUACUGAAUUUCUGCAACAAGAUGAAAUCAUCUUACAGUUACUUAGUUGCAUUUGGAGCCCAGCUCUGAACAGGAUAGUAAAGAGAUGGUUCAACAGGAUUUCCCAUCACAGUUCAGGGGCUUGUACAGCAUUAA